GAAGCGCGUGUGCGUGGGGCGUAGCUAAGGACGGAAGCUCGGCCGGCACGAUCGCCACCCACCUGAGCCCAACUGGGCAGCGCCUUCCGGGCUCUUGCUUUUCGUGACCCAGCGCCCCAGUCCUUGCCCGUCCUUGCAGUCCCACCCCACACUCAGCCUUGUGUUCCUCGAGCCGGUCUCCGACUUCCAUUUCCCACCCUAAACCGCCUGCUGGGUCUGUUCCCGCUCGGUUGUCCUCGCCCUGCUGUGCCGAGGGUCCCCUGUCAGCCUCGACCCCAUGGCGCUGCAGGCGCUGCAGAGCUCGGGGGUGACCUUUCGCAGGAUCCUGUCUCACUUCCCCGAGGAGCUGAGUCUGGCUUUCGCCUACGGCUCUGGGGUGUACCGCCAGGCAGGGCCCAAUUCAGACCAGAAGAACGCUAUGCUGGACUUUGUGUUCACAGUAGAUGACCCUGUUGCAUGGCAUUCAAAGAACCUGAAGAAAAAUUGGAACCACUAUUCUUUCCUAAAAGUUUUAGGACCCAAGUUUAUCACAUCCAUCCAGAAUAACUAUGGCGCUGGAGUGUACUACAAUUCAUUGAUCAUGUGUGAUGGUAGGCUUAUCAAAUAUGGAGUUAUUAGCACUAGUAUUCUGAUUGAAGAUCUCCUCAACUGGAAUAAUUUAUACAUUGCUGGACGACUCCAAAAACCGGUGAAAAUUGUCACAAUGAACGAGGAUAUAACUCUUAGAUCAGCCCUUGACAGAAAUCUAAAGAGUGCUGUGACUGCUGCUUUCCUCAUGCUCCCGGAAAGCUUUUCUGAAGAAGACCUCUUCAUAGAGAUUGCCGGACUCUCCUAUUCAGGUGACUUUCGGAUGCUGGUUGGAGAGGAUAAAACAAAAGUGUUGAAUAUUGUGAAGCCCAAUAUAGCCCACUUUCGAGAGCUCUAUGGCAGCAUACUACAGGAGAAUCCUCAAGGCCGGCUGGAGAUAGAUAAAAGCCCAGAAGGACAGUUCACUCAGCUGAUGACAUUGCCCAAAAGCUUACAGCAACAGAUAAAUCAUAUUAUGGACCCUCCUGGAAAAAACAGAGAUGUGGAAGAAACUUUAUUCCAAGUGGCUCAUGAUCCUGACUGUGGAGAUGUGGUGCGACUAGGGCUAUCGGCAAUCGUGAGACCUUCUAGUAUAAGACAGAGCACCAAAGGCAUUUUUACUGCUGGUAUAUCUGCCUAUGGUUGGAAAUGAAUUAGAAGAAUGUUUUGGGGAUUACUAAUUUUAUCUCAAAGGUCUGAAAUGUAAAAUUAUGAAAAGGUAGAAAUCUUUCACAGCCUAGCCAUAUUUCUGCCUCACAUUGUUUCAUGGAGAGUUUGUCAGUAGACCCAUCUGUUCAAGAUCACAUGGGGAGUACAUGGUCUUACGUAUUAACUUUGCUGUACAUCAUGUGAACCAAGCUGGAAAUCAGAAGAAAAUCCUUUCAAGCCAUAUAGUGACAUAGCUUUCUGCAUGCUUCUGAAACAAAAUCCUGACUUUAGAUACUAACCAGAAGUUAUAAUGACUAGCUUUAGAUAAAUAAGGAUCUCUCUACAGGGGAUGUAUCUAAAGACAUGUUGCAUCUUUAUCCAUUGGGGAAGGAGUGAGCAAAAUUUCUGAGUCAUCAUCCUUUCCUGUAGAAGGAGUAAGCUUAGUGUAAUCUGGGUGCAUUGGCUCACACCUGUAAUCCUAGCACUUUGGGAGGCUAAGGUGGGAGGAUGGCUUGAGGCCAAGGGUUCAAGACCAGCCUGGGCAACAAAGCAAGACCUCAUCUCUACAAAAAUAAAAUUAGCCGGGUGUGGUGUUACGUGCCUGUAGUCCCAGCUACUCAGGAAGAUGAGGCGAGAGGAUCUCUUGAGCCCAGAAGGUCUAGGCUCCAGUGAGCUUUGAUUAUACAAGUGCAUUCCAACCUGGGUGACAGAGUGAGACCCUGUCUCUUUAAAAAAAAAAAAAAAAAAAGAAGCAGCAGCAGCAGCAAGUAAUG